CAUGGGGAGCGGGCGCGUCCCGGCGGCGGGGGCCGUGCUGGUGGCACUGCUGGCGCUGGGAGCCCGGCCGGCCGCCGGCACGCGGCCCUCGGCGUUCUUCCAGUGGACUUUUAAAGCAGAGUGCCACUACCUGAACGGCACCGAGCGGGUGAGGUAUCUGGUCAGGUAUGUCUACAACCGGCAGGAGUACGCGCACUUCGACAGCGACGUGGGGAAACACGUGGCCGAUACACCGCUGGGUGAGCCGCAAGCUGAAUACUGGAACAGCAACGCCGAGAUUCUGGAGAACCGAAUGAAUGAAGUGGACACGUACUGCCGGCACAACUACGGGGUUGUGGAGUCCUUCACGGUGCAGAGGAGCGUGGAGCCCAAGGUGAGGGUCUCGGCGCUGCAGUCGGGCUCCCUGCCCGAAACCGACCGUCUGGCGUGCUACGUGACGGGCUUCUACCCGCCGGAGAUCGAGGUGAAGUGGUUCCUGAACGGGCGGGAGGAGACGGAGCGCGUGGUGUCCACGGACGUGAUGCAGAACGGGGACUGGACGUACCAGGUGCUGGUGGUGCUGGAGACCGUCCCGCGGCGCGGGGACAGCUACGUGUGCCGGGUGGAGCACGCCAGCCUGCGGCAGCCCAUCAGCCAGGCGUGGGAGCCGCCGGCGGACGCGGGCAGGAGCAAGCUGGAUGCUGAAUUAGCUGCUGCCCCGCCGAGCCGCUGCACCCGCACCCCCCGCUCUCCCGGCCGUCGCCUCGGCUCUCCCUCGGGCUCCACCCCCCCCGUGCCGCCCCUUUGCUGCCGCAUCGCCCGCUCUGUACCCUCCCCAAGAAGUCGCUCAGACGGCGUCGCGUUGUCUGCAUAUCCUCGGGGACCGUCUGUUGUGCGGCAGCAGGGGAGGGGAGCGGGCGGUCUGUGCUCUUCUAUUCCCUUCAGUACAAGAAGGUGGUUUGGGUUCUUUAACCAAAUAUACUCUUUUGUUUUUGCAUAAAAUCACCAGAAGGAAUUGGUCUGUUGAAUAUAUAGGAGUGGUGGAGAGAGUCGAAGAAGUGUUUCCUGUGACAAAACACCGUUAAAAGUGAAUUCAUGGAGAACGCACUGCAGUGACACAGAAGGGAAAACACGAAACAUAAAUAAUUUGC